AUGAGCUCUAGUAAAACCUCGCCACCACCUCCGCAGACGUCAGCGAAAUCUUCGCCCGUAUCGGAGUCACAUGUAGUCAACCCCAGGCAGACAACUUUUACGGCGUCCCCGCAGGCGGUGCCUGUGUGCAACCGCUUUGUGGCACGAAGUUGCGCCUUCGGUAAGCCAAGCAGUGGCGCCGACGCCUCACCGCCGUUGCCCUCGCCAUCUACAGCGAUGGGGGUGAUGGCGGAGAAGGAUAACACAGGCGCGGCAGUACUGAGGAACAGCGUCCUCGUCACCGCGUCAUCGCCACUCGAUUCGUCGGCGAGCAGCACGCCUGCCCAGUCAGUGCCAAUUCUUGCGAUGGGGGCUUCGUUGUUGGGCCGACUGAAAUCUUCCCUGACGUCACCUGACGCGCAGGUGGGCGCCAUAUCGGCAACAACGACAGCCGCUGCCCCUGCUACCUGUGCUUUACUUACUUCAAAAAUAGAGCAUACCCGAGCUCAUCGAUCGGUGGAUGCCGAUAGCGUCGAGGGAAGCACCAGCGGCGGCGGUGGUGAACGCUCUCCCUCCUCACCCGCAGCUUCUGUGUGGCCUGGACGGCAGUCCCCCCCACUGAAAGCCAUCGCAGCGCCGCUCAGCAAGUUGUAUCGACCACCACACGCACGUGAGGACUCGUUGCAGCAGCAUCGGAGUGCUGGUGAUAGCGGCGGCGGCGGCGGUGGCUCCAACAACAAAACGGAGGCCUCAUUGGACGUGGUGACAACAACGUCUGGUGCAACCGUGACGCCAUCAAUGAACGCAGCUGCCACUGCAGGGGUAACGGCUUUGGCGGAGGCGUCUUCUUCAUCACCAUCCCCGUUGUGUCCGAGCGUGAGUACAGCCGUGUCAGAGCCUAUUGUUGCCUCGUCGGACUUUGCGGCAAGCAAGGCCAACGCGCUGCCGCCUGCCGCCCCACCGCACGGCAGUUCAACGGGCAUGGCUACCCACCUGCGGGAAGUAGCCGGGAUGGCAAGCUACACAGGCAGCGCGGCAGAUGCUCACGGCCCCGUCACCACGCUGUCGCCGAAAAGCGCCGCAGAAACCCACGCUGAGACAGACGUGGUAACGAGUGCGUCUUCGCACUUGGCGGCCCCGCGACGUGGCGGCAGCUCGGUAUCUGCUGUUCUGGUGUCCAGUGGAACCCCUGUGGCACCAUCUCAACCCCCCGCAACGAGCGAGGGUAACCAACCUGAAGGUGCGGCAGCAGAGGCGGCAGAGUCAACAGAGUUCAGUGCUGCCGAGAAGCAAGAAGCAGAACCGUCAUCAAAGCCCUCCCGCUCAGCGAAGCGUAAGCACAAGAUGCGGGUGGCAGCGGCGGCGGCGGCAGCAGCAGCAGCAGCUGAAAAGGUCCAACAGCCUGGGACAGCGGUGGUGGUUGACAUAGCUGCAGAGAGCAACGAAGUCGUGGCUGCACACCCGGAGGAUAGCCCAAUACCGGCAGCCAGUGGCAGGAAGUCGACCAGAAUUAUUCCUGCUGCACACUCAUCGUCCUCCCGCACGGCGUCGGCCCCGACGAGCACAGCAGCGGCGCCAAACACGAGUAACGUGAGCCGCCGUCCUGGCUGGCACCCCCCUUCCACGACGUCUGCGGCAGUGUCAGCAACUCUGCCUGGGGAAGGUGCAGUCCACGUGACCAGUGACACAGAAGUGGUGGGCCGCAGUUGGAGCGGUGGACCGCAGAUGAUGACGAAUGGCCCUACUGGCAUGAUGACGAUUCCCUUAGCAGGAACACCAUUCCCGAUGAGGUACGCGGGGCACAUUGCGAACACAAUGCUUGGCAUGAGCGACGCUUCCGAGAAGCUGCUACCCGCUGAGAUGGCGACAGCAGACUGUAGUGGCAACGCCGGUUACAUGAAUGGCUAUGGGUACCAGCAACAGCAGCAGACGGUGACGCACGGCCGCUGCAACUGCUCCCCCAUUGUACCUCCACAGCAACAACAACACCCACAUCUGCGGCCUUCCGCGUCUGACAUGAAUCUCGGCAGCGCGGCGGCGACCAUCAGUCCACGCUGCAGCAGCACCAGCGCCAAAGCCCUGCUGACUGCCGGCGCAGUAAACGCGUCUAUGAAAGGCGCGGCGGCAACGAUGUUUGACUCCGCCGCCGCACCCAUGAGCGCAAGCGGUGGCGGCGCACCUCGCUCGCCGCAGCGUGCACCUGGCCUCCACCGGGGUCGUGCCGCGGCGGCAGCAGCCAAAGCGAAAGUUCAAGCCGCGGUGGCGGCUAGUCAGAGUGUAGCUGGACAGUUCGCACCGUCCGCCUCCCCGUCCCCCGGCCCGGCAGCGACAGGGAGUGUGUCCUCGUCCACACCGUUGCUUCUGCGCAACGGCCACUUGCCGAGCAUCCGCAUCGGUGUUUCGUCAACAAUGAAUGCUGACCCAUCAUCAGCGGCGGAUCACGCGAGUGCGCCUGCGGCAGCCUCGAUGGCGGCUACUGGCGGCGCCGGCAGCCCAACGCUGAGCAUGGCGACUGGCAUACCACGACACCACCACACGCCGCCGCUGGCGCAUCCGUCGUCCGUCUCUGGGCAGUUCUCGCAGCGCCCCCAUCAUCACCACCACCACACCACUUCUCUCGGAAGCGUGAGCCUCGACAGUAGCAGCGGUGGGGGCAACAUUAUCACGAGCCAUCACGAAGACAUGCUAUCGCAGUCCCCCAUGUCUCCUGGCGCAGGGCUGGAGCAUACCCUCGCCACCAUCUCGUCACACACCCUGCCUCGAUCGCAGGGUGGGGUCUCGGCCACCAUGAGCUGGGGCAGCAUAGGUGGCUCCAACCACGGCCGCUCGACAAACACAAAGCACAAGGGCACCGCCAGCGACCAUACGUACAGUCGUGGGAGCAACAGCCACAGCGCUAGCACUAUUGGCGGCUUCAUCAACAACCUGCGCAGCGGCAGUCGCCACGGCCAUCCGCAACAGCAGGUGAUGUCGAUGAGCCAGUCAGGCAACCACAUGAACCCCAUGUACGGAGGUCUGCCGAAUCUGCAGCAGCAAGGCACCAGCCAAGUCGGCAGUAGUGCUGGCGGCAUGAUGCACGUGCACCACAACACACUUAACGUUGGCAGUGGGGGCGCGGGGCAGCAGCCCAUGUCCCACCGCCGAAACCAGCAUCAGCAGCACCCCACGGCAGACCCACCGCCGAUCCCGUACUACGACUUCAUCAUGGUGUUGCCAACGUUUGUGGCGACGUGCCUGACGCUGAAGCCGGCGGACGAAGCGAACCGCGAGCAGCUCUGCUGGACCAUCGAGGCCGUGCUGCGAAAGAACGUCAGCCAGACUUCAGCAAUUCGUGUCCAUGGCUCCAUCACGACCGGUUUAGCGCUGCCGUCGAGCGAUGUGGACCUCCUCGCCGUCGGGUAUGAGCCGAUCGCGCCGCUCGAAGCGCUACAGCGGCUGUCGCAAGCCCUCCUGGAGUUGGACGAAGACAGCAAAAAUGACGCGCUUCGCUUGCAGGAGCUCAUCGAGGCUGAAGCACAGUACCGCCGGCGGCAGCUGGUGGAGGAGGAGAAGGACCGAGCAAAGCAAACGGCCCUCGUGUCAGCGGCAGCAGCACCCGACGAAGACCGUCACCAAUCCAGAGAGAACCGCAGCAGUAGUAGCGGCAGUGCUAGCGAAAGCUACGAAGCGGCCAGUUUGCAUAACCCCAGCAGCGACGCCGAUGGCAGCCGCAGAUGGGCUGGAGAGAAGGACAGAAAAUCUGAAGGGGCGAGCGGCCUCUCGCCGAAGCGUGUAGCACGUGGUCGCAGUAUCGCUACGACCCUCCUUGGCGCAGCGGCGCCGGUGGACUUAGCGCUAAGAAGAGAGAUCGAUGAGGUGGCGCGUGCUGCGCCGAAUCGCGCCGUGUCUGGCGACGCACAGCGCUCUUCCUGUGUGUUUCAAGACGGCACGGCCACAGCGACGCUUCAGCAAAACUGCAGCGCCUCGCUAUCGUCGACAGAGUCCAGCACGACGUGCUCCUCCGCUGCCGCCUUUCCCCUCGACACGCGUAAAGUGUUUCUCACGGCGAGCACCACCGCUGACGAUGAUGACGAGUUUGUUCGCCUUGCCUCCGGGCCUGGCUUCGGUGGCACUGUCCCCGGCCCGCAUGCCACAUCGACCUCCAACAAGAGCGGUGUAGGUCAUGCGUGCCGUGCGAGCGCGGGUCGCCUGCGCGACUCCGACAUGGCAGCGGCGGACACAGAAUUCUACGGCACCGUUAACGACGUAGAGCAGGCCGAGGAGGUGUUUCGCGGCCAGAUCGAGAAAGGCUACAACUUCAGCACCUCAAUGGACUUGUCAGUGCUCUUCGCGCCAUCGAGGAGUGGCGGUAUGCCACCCGUCGCACCACCACCACCACUACCAGCAGCAGCAGCAGCAAGCUGCUCAGAUGUUGAGCGUGCCAGGAGCAGCGGCGGUGGUCUCGCCCUUCAAGCAUCCAUAACGCAACUGCAUGACUCCGCCUCGUCGCCUUCGCAGGGGUCUGCCCCAGCGAGUGGGAACGCGGAGCUAAAAGGUGGCGCUCUUCCACUGUCACCCGUGAUGACAACGGGCCUGAAUAUCGGCGAGGAUAUCACCACAGGACAUGCGCAGAUGCUGCCACGAAGCAAGCUAGCAGCAGCUGACACGGAUAAGUCGGCCACUGAAACAGAGUGUCAGUGCAGGCAGUCGAGGCCUGCAGGCGACGGCGCUGCAGCGCAGGAAGGUCGUAAUGCCGGUAGCGACGGAGAUGCUGCGGCCGCUGAGGCGGAAGCGACGGACAGGGCUACAGAGAUCCCUGUUACCGACGAGGCCACGAGACCUCCGCCGUCGUCGGUGUCGCCAAGAGCGGCAACAGCCUCUGGAGAGAAGGCCGCUGUGGUACAGACCACUGUACCUCUGCCUGCGCCCCAGGACGCGGUGACGCGAAACCCGGUCGUUCUCGGUGGCUCUAGUGGUGGUGCCAGCGGCCAUCUGACUUACGUCCCCGUUCGUGAAGGUCCGCUGUUCUUUGUGCAGUGCAUCACGGCGACGCGGGUACCAGUUAUUAAGCUGACAGACAAGGCAACCGGCACCAAGGUGGACAUCACCUUCGCUGGCGGCGAGCACUGGCGGUCAAUGCAGCUUACACGAUCUCUUCUGGAGGUGUUCCCGCAUGCACGCCCGCUUAUUUUGUUCCUCAAGUACUGCGUGCGCAGUCUCGGUGUCGGUGAGAGCGAGCCUGGCGGGGUGACAUCCUUUGCCAUUUAUCUUAUGGUUCUCCACUUCUACCAUGAAUGCCGCAAACGCAUCCUCCUCCUCCUCCGUGAACGGAACGCCGCGUCGUCGCCAUCGGAGGGGAAAGCCUGUCCAGCAAGGGCGGAUGCCAGAGAACAGCAGCGGCAACAUCGCUCAGCGGUGGAGGCUCUGCGCUGUGGCGACACUGAGGACAAGAGUGCUGCUUCCCCUGCCACCCCUCACUCCCCCGCUACCGCGUACCAAGGCUCGUCUCCGACGGGCACCACCCCCCUCAAUCUUGGGCUGCUGGAGCAGAUGCUGGGCGAGUAUCUUGCGCGUGUGGAAAAGCGUCGCGCCCAGGUGGUAGAGGAUGCAGGGGCGAGAAGGUGUGCGUUGCUAGACGCAACAGGCAUCAGCGAUGUUGGCGGGCCCUAUAGCAGCGGUGGGGACACCCAGAAAGUGGCCUCAGCGCUUAGGAAAGCGUCACCCUCCACGGCUGUGGCGACGGGGGUAUGUGCCACCAUCAAGGCUGCCUACGCCGGUGAGGACGAGGGGCGCCUACGUUCGAUUCGCCAAGCGAUACUGGGCUUUGUCGGCGACCCAGCAGCUUCGACAAGGGCGGCCGGGACGUCGAUGGCUGCGGCGGUAGCGCUACCGCCACCGCCAUCACAGAUUAUGACUGGAGCGACCACUGAAGAAGAAAGCGACUCAGGGCGUACGCAGCAACCGCAGAGAACCUUCUCCGACACUUCUGAGGGAGCCUCCUGCGGCGGGGCAGUAAUCGGUGCGAGCAGCAGCAACAACAGUAGAACCCUGUCCCCGUUGCACGAGCAGCAACUUCCUAAGUCCAACGGGACUGCAGGCACUGGCAGCGCCACCGGUAUACCGAGUGCCGGCGAGGUACUAGCGCCUGUAGUCGACGGUGCGCCUGGCCGCCUCGCGCCACCACCGCACCACUACCUACUCAAGACGGUAGAGCCGCAACCGCACGAACGCGUGAUGAGCGAUGGGUCGUGCGUGGAUAAACCACGCGCUGGCGAAGCGACAGGGCGUGGCGAGAAGGUGGAGGAGGAGACGAGCGUUGCGCGCUUGACGGCGGCUGUGGCGACACCGGAGGAAUCGACCAUCGCCGCCGCUGGAAGUGCAGAUGAUAUGGGGCCUGAGAAAGCCGACCGACACUCCACUGAGUCAACGCCGCUGCCAGCGGAGGCAGAGACGGCUGGUGCAGCUACAGCCUCUCCAGACGGUAAGGGCGACUCGGCAAACGGCCAGGACGCAGCGGGCGCCAACGCCAGUCCAGCAGCAGCAGCCUCGACGUUAAAUGACACUUCGGAGGAUCACGACGACGACAACGCCUUCGAAGCGUUCGCCGCGGACUUUCUGCGCCGGCAGGCAAACGUGUCAGACCUCUUCCUUGACUUCUGCCACUACUACGGCUGCGCCUUCGACUACGAGACCAGCGGCAUCCGCUUCGCCACCGACGGCAGCUCCGAGGUCGUGGCAAAGCCGCUCCUCUGCUCCCGCCGCGGUCAGCACUUUCACAUGACAUCGCCUUUCGACCCCGAGUACGACUUGACAGCGCGUAUGACGCACAUGCGCGACUUCCAGUGGCUGUGCUGGUGGUUUGCCGAGUGGGGUGUGGCGCGGCAGUCGCCGCAGUACUACGGCAGCUGCAGCCUUCAAUACGUCCUUCAGUGUCUGUCGCCCAUGUCGGCAGACGUUGACUGUCAGGCGGUGCAUCAGGCACUCAUGCAGCGAGCCGUCGCUGCGGCGCGAAGUGCCGAAAGCGCCGUUUCCGCUGGGGCGCGGGCGCAAAACCACAGUAACGGCGGCGCCGCAGACGAGGGGGGUCACUCGUGCCACGGCAGGAGCGCCCCGACGCUCGCCUUUCAAGAGAACGUCGAGAGCACUCGGGACAUAACGUCCCUGCAACAGCGACAGUCGGCGCCAAGGCCACCGCGCACGAUGAUGUCAACGAGCAGCAACGCCCAUAUCUGCGGUGCGCAGCGAGAACAAGCGCUGGUCGCGGGAGGCAACACAGCGGUGGCAAUGCCGAUCAACCCUCACACGCAUCCGCAGCCACAGCAGCAGCGAGUGAGUAUGACGUUGUCGCCAAUGCACGCGUACAGUGGCACUCACGUCGAACAACAGCCCGGCGGCGAUGCGGCGGUGGUGCAACACUACGCUGCCGAGCCGUUCCCUCACUUGCAUAGCAUGAUGAUGAUGCCGCCUGGAUCGCCUGCAUGCGUUUACCAGCAGCUACCGCAGCAGCGGGCUGACCCCAGUGGAGUGAAGGCCAUGGACGCAGCCGCGCACCCAGGCGGGGGAGGCUUUGGUGGGCAUGACCACCGCAGCGCCCCUCUUUCAAAAGGCAGGAGCGGCAGCACCAGCGCGGCGAAGAAGAGCACCGCGUCUCGCCGUCAUCAGGGUAGCGACGGUGUGUCCACAACGGUGCACAAUAUGGCGGCCACACACGCUGCCAGUAGUGGUAGUAGCAGCCGUCCUGCAAGCGAAGCCGGCUCCACUCCGGCGGCCUCAGCAUCAGGGCGGACUCAUGCCCGCCGACGUACACCACUGCAGCUGCCGUAUGUAGACUCGCGGGAGCAGGUCUUUGACGGAUCCACUAAUCAUGCCGUCACGACACCCACGACAGCGGGGGUGACUGUGGCGCAUGGCUACCUUGAUGAAGGCGACGAGGCCGCGGUAGCGGCAGCGAGUCGCACUGUUUCGCCUCCCCACGGCGAGAGUCAGGAGGGGGGAUGGACGAGCCUCACUGCCACGGCGUGCAGCGGCAAUAGUCCCCUUGACUGUGUCGAUGUGGCGCUGAUGUCUGUGGAGGAGGAUGAAGAUGAAGACGAAGCCGGGGGGCACUAUGGUGGUUAUGGGGAGGGCAGCGAGAGCGUUGUUGACUACGCCGACCGCUUCGAAAAAUACGGUGGCCGUGCGAAUGCAAAUGCAACGAUGCUGCGGCACUACCAGCAGCAGCUGGCACCGCAUGACGUGCAGGUCACCGCUGAAGCCAUUAAGCGCUUCACCCGUUGCGGCGCCGACGCGGAAGGCAAUGCCGACGUCUGUGAGCAAGACGCAGAUGGACCGUGUGACGGUUACACGCCGAACAUGACGUACGGUCGCAACCACGGUCAUGUUACCCUGCAACGACACCAGAUGUCCUACGGCAGCCCGUACGUGAUGAACCAACCCGCAGGUGUUUACGUCUCCCCGAAGCAGCAACAGUACCAAGAGCAGCAGGAGCAGGCAGCUGCGGCAGCCGCCUUCUACUACCAAGCAUUCGCCCAGCAGCAGCAGCAGCAGCAGCAACCGAUUAUCAGUCGAACCUGCAGUGGGCUUGCGACCACGGCUGGUUCAUCCUCGUCCCCCAGCUACCCCUUCACAGCUCUGCACUACGAUGUGCAGCAGCACCUCUGGCAACAGCAACAACAGCAGCCGGAGGGUCACACGACGCGGCACAGCAGCGGCUUUGUUGAUGUCGUCCUCACUGCCGCCGCCGAUCAAGACGGAGGUAGCAACCAUCGCAGCGACGGCGCUUCCAACGCUACCGCAACCAGUGCUAACGCACCUCAGCAACAGCAGCAGCAGCCGGCCUUCACCUACACGCCGUACGUGGGAUAUCCCAGUGUUAUCUGGGGGGUAGGUGGGGCGCACAGUACAGACGCGGCGAGGACUGCAGGGGGCGGUGGGGCGAUGCCUCAGCAGCCGCAGACGCCUUCACGGAGAGGGGCGUCGUUUACGAUGAAUUGCCAAAACCUCACGACUGUAAGAGCGGCAGGAUCACCGGUGAACUCCAGCAGCAGCGGCGGCGCCAGUAUCAGUGCAAGUGAGCCACAGAAGCCGCAACAGUCUCCUCAUAGCGGCCAUCGACAUUCCGCGUCACACCACCACUCAAGCUGGGGUAGCGAAGGCGCCGCGGAGGGUGGCGGAGACAGCAGCGGUGCUGGCGAGGCAGGUCAAGGGUAG